AGUUUUGGUAGUUGAAUUAGUAAAGUUUUGAAAUCAAUGAAUAAUCAUGUUGAUAACCAAAAUUUCAAGAUCAAUCAAAAUAAUUGCCAAGCCCUCAUAGAAUGCUGAACAUUGAAUACAAUUACAUGGGUGAAAAUGAAUCUGUCAAGCAGAUUGUUAAUUGUUCUGUGGUUAAGGACUUGUUUUUUCUUUGCUUUGGACUGUGAAACUCCUUUCUCCAAAAUUUCAGAGAGGCCUCUUUCAUCAUUCGGUAUGAACCUGCUUCGAAAGAGGUUUGCUAAUCAACCUUUGUGAGAGGGAGAUGAUCACCGAAAAGUACACAUCACGUAGAGCUGCACACGGUAUACACGUGGUACAGCUGAUUUGAUUGCAUCAUUUCAAACAGAACAUUGAUUACUUUCUUUUUAAAUAAGCCUUAUUAGAUAUUAGAAGUCAUGAGACUGCGCUCGUGGGACUGGGUCUGGCCCGGGCCCAAUUCCUGGUGAACGUCUCAAUUACUCAAAGCUACCAUGACAUGAUGAAACACAAAAUUAAAAGAAAGCUCUUUGUGCUGUACAGUGUGUAUUUCACUCCAUUUGGAAUUAAUCACAUAUUUUGGCAUAAUUAUAUUGGGUUGGACUUUUUAUCAUAAUUGGAGUGACUUGUAUCUUAUUGUAUUGUAUCUGAAUAGCCUGACACACUGUGAAUGUAUCAUGCGGUUGCCGUGUGUUGAGAUACAUAUCAUAUCAGCCUCAGUGAUGGAGACGCACAUCCCUAAUAAAUCAGAUCAGUGUACAAAAGUAAUGAAUGGAUUGAGAGAUGACCUCUCACAGGGUGAUGGUUUUGAAUCUCGAGCCUCGAAAAUGGUUGGAUGGGAUCCAUGCAGUAAAUGUACCCGACAUUGUGGACAUGCAGUAUUAAGUGCAGAGUCCUCGGCUGUUUGUGUCUGCCUGUGUGUAUCUGUGUGUGUUUGUAUCCCUCAGAGUGAUUAAAGCAAGUGGGCGGCAGUAGCAACUGGUCUGCCUGUGUGGCUCGGCAUAGCAGACAUGUUUCUCACUGCUAGAUAUUACUCAUUUCCUCAGUCGUUUGCACACACAAAAACACACCCGCAUGCGCGUGCACACAUAUACACACGCGCGCACACACACACACAUUUAUACACACGCGCGCACACACACAUGACACACAGCAGAGACGAAUAGGGCUCUCAGUUAUUUCCCUUGAUUUUUCUGGCUUGACUAUAUCAUUUCACACACAGCAACACUGGGUGUGUUGCUGUGUGUGUUGCUGCUACAGAUGUUGACAAGUGUCAGUGUGGCAGAGUAAGGAGCUGAAGAUUGGGUUGAACCCACGGGAUGUUUGGGAUAUGAAUGGCACGCUACGCUGGGAUAUCUGCUCAUCUUGCACUAAGGUGAGUGUCCUCAACCCUGCAAAAUCCACAGUGAUCAAACAGUGAUGCUGUGCCACAGCCUUCCCCUCUGUGUGUCCCCUCCAUUCUCCCGCGAGGCCCAUGUGACCUAGCCUACGCCCACACGUAGGGGGCACCAACGGCCGCUGGAGCCCACCCAUGAAUCCCAGCCCUGACCGCAGCAAAGAGUGCCUCCCUCCCAAGAAGAGGGAGUCUCGGCAAGGGUCGUCCGAACGCUACCUUCCGCCGCCCGAUGAAUUUAAGCCCCCUGUGCCAUUUCGGAGUAGGACUAACGCAGGACGAGGGGAGAGCAGCAGAGAGGUCGUGGAAAGGCAGCGAGCUCUUGCUAGCCCAAACCCUAAUUUCCAUCACACUCCUCCAGCCCUACCUGCACCAGCACCACUGCCCCUGCCAUGGCCCUUGAGCUACACUUCCUCUGUGUCCCUUCCGCUUUUUCAAGGGCAUGUUGUGGAAAGGAGGGGUUCCGCGUCUCCUGCAUGGAGAGAUGAUCCCCUCUCAACACCACUGCCUCACCACUCCAGGUGGCUCCGAGCUGAAGGUCCCCUUUCCUCCCCGUCCUCCAGUUGCUCGUUUAAGACUCCAUUCCCAGCUGAUUCGAGAGAGACGUGGUCUUAUAUUAACAGUAGCCGGCGAGAUUACAGCUCCUCUCUCUUCUCCCCGUCCUACCUGUUUGGCCAUACCUCUCUCUACCCCCAAGAGCCAAGUUUAGUUGAAGCCAGGAACAGAUACCUGGGAAAGAGGCCCAAUGGACUGGAUGGGCCGGGCAGCAGGACUGCCUCUGCCUCUAGGCAUUUGUUCCCAGGUGAUUACGGACAUGAUAGUAUCAGAACUAGAUUGGACCUGAGUCCACAAAGCUCCCAUACUAAUGGUGGCCGGAGACAGCAGGACGAUCUGACACCUCAUACUCAGUCCGGGGGCCCAAUUUUUUCAGACUCUCAGGCUCACGAGCUACAUUCCUCACUGCAGGACAGGCAUCGGCAAAGAAUACCCACCAGCCCCCAUCCGCUGGGACAAGACCCCAGGGCAAGUAGAGAGAGAUUACCCGACACAGCGGGGGGCCCAGCAGCCGAAGCUCACCUCUACUACUCUUUGGGAUCUGUCUGCCAGUCCAGCCCUCAGACCUCCCAGUCCUACCCACCAUACAGUCCCUCAGGAACACCACUGUAUAACUUGCAAGCAGAGCCUGGCCUAAAGCAGCAGUGUCCAAGGAACUCCCCCAACUCACCACAGGGUCUACUGAACAGCCAUGACGGGUCCCAAAAGGACCAUGACAAAGACCAAGACAAAAACAGAGAACAGGCUCUGCAUCGGAACAGGGAGCGAGAUAAAGACAAAGAGAAGCACCUGAAAUAUAACAGGGAUCAUGUUCACACCUCACCCCCUGCACCUCACCCACCAUCCCCUGCGCUCCUACCUCACUUCACCAAGGGGUCGCUCAUUGAGCUGGCCAGCGGGCAGUUGAAACAGGUGGAGGAGCUGCAGACAGAUGACUUCUUGAGGAGUGCUGAUACAUCACCAGAGUUCCAUCUCAGCACCUGCACGGUGUUGCUCAUUUCGCCCAGCAGUGCACAGGGUGUCAGCCAACUGCAGGUCCACCUCACAGACCGCAACACUCAGGAGUUCCUGAAGGUCUUGGUGGAGUAUCCGUUCUUCGUCCAGGACCAAGGCUGGUCUUCUUGCUGCCCUCUGAGAACAACUCAACUCUAUGGCCUUCCCUGCCGCCAGCUUACAGAGGGGGAUGUCUGCCUUGCUCUCACUCCAGCACCCAAGCAACUCCACAGGACAUUUGUGCGUUCCUCCUGCAAGGUCCAACGCACAGAACAUCUUCCCAGGGCUGCAGCAGGAGGCUCAGGCAGCUCACACAGGGUGAAAAUGCCACCUCCUCCUCCUCCUCCUCCCCCUCUCCCCCAGCACUCGCCUCCUACCGGGGCUCCGCACAUCCCGGGCGCAAAAUCUCAGACUCGGGAGCUCGGGCGAUCUCGGAAAAGGCGCUGGUCGGCCCCUGAUGUCCUUCCCUCAGCAGGUACUGAUGAAAGCCUCCUGGAUUUACCUCAAGGCUCCAAGCUGAUGAAGUGGAAGUAGAAAAUUGCACAUGCACACGUUCACCAACAGUAAGCACAUGUAUACGCGCUAAGUCUCUGUUGCUCCCACGAGGGUUGCAGGUAUGGAACAAGAAAGAACAAUCAAAAAUUACGGGUGUUCACACUGCCGCCCUCAGGCUUAAAUAUGUCUACCUGUGGCCCCCACCCCCUUCCCUCUUCUACUCCCCUCUUUUGUUCUCCCUUCCUUGGCUUGAAAGGAGCAGCCACUGAAAGAUGUCUGGGUGGCUCCUUGCAGACACACUGAAGACAUUAGUGAGACAAUCAAGCACUCGUCUGUGUUCACUCUGUUUAUGUAACGGUCGUCCCACACACAUAUUUACCGACAGUGUUGUUCUGCAGGGUAUCAAUUCUUCAAUCAGUGUUAUGAAAGUAAGCACUAUUCAUGCAUACACACACACACACAUAUAUAUAUAUAUAUAUAUAUAUAUACACAGUAUGUAUAUGUAUAUGUGUGUGCGUGCGUGCGGGCGUGCGUGCGUGUAUGUAUGUAUGAACAAAAAAAGUUAUCUUACAUGUGUACAGUGAGUAUGCUAAACAGACUUAAUGCAACUUUGUCCAGAUACGUUGUGUUCGACUUUUUCUUGCUUCUCAACCAUUGUGUCCGUGUUGGUCUGGGCAGUCAAGAUGAAUGUAAGAGCGUGAACAACUCUUUGCCUUCUUCAGAUCUUAUCACCUUCAAUGAGUUGUUUGUCAAGGCAUUACUCUCCAAUAUGUUCUUAACAUGAUCUCCGAGAAGAGGUGGGUGAACACUAAUGAAAACUGCGUAUGAGACAAUCGUGCCCACAUGGACAGAUGUGUACCAUAGUCUACACACUGUUUUUUUUUCCAUUAAAAGCUGAAUAGUGGAAAGAGUGCAGUGAGACGGGAGAGUAAUGGUGCUAAUAACACGUUGGAACAUGAUGCUUUGUGGAUAUCCAUGUCAUUGUUACGUACUGUAUGCAGUAUGUCUGAAAGCAGGGAAAAUGAUCAAAGUAUUUUAAACUCUGAUACGGGUAUCUCCUCUGAUUCAGCACACUCUUUCACUUUAGUUUUUGUGACUAAACCAUCCCUGUAAAUUAUUCCUUCUCAAUGCCAUAGCUACAAAAUGUAUAUUUUUUAAAACCGUGUAUCUGUUAUAUGAUGUUCGCUAGAAAUAAAUGGGAAAAAAAGCUUCUUAGAUUUA